AUGGCCAAGCAUCAUCCUGAUUUGAUCAUGUGCAGGAAACAACCGGGCAUUGCCAUUGGCCGAUUGUGCGAGAAAUGUGAUGGCAAGUGCGUGAUAUGCGAUUCCUAUGUGCGUCCGUGUACACUGGUUCGGAUUUGUGAUGAAUGCAACUAUGGUUCAUUCCAAGGACGGUGCGUCAUAUGCGGAGGGGUUGGAAUCUCGGAUGCUUACUACUGCAAAGAGUGUACACAACAGGAGAAAGAUAGAGAUGGUUGCCCUAAGAUUGUCAAUCUUGGGAGUGCGAAAACUGAUCUGUUCUACGAACGUAAGAAAUAUGGUUUCAAAAAACGAUGA